UUCAGUCCCCUCCCUAGCUUUCUAUGAGAACGGCCGGUUCCCGGCCCGCCCCCGCGUAACCGAAACACAAGACAGACGGACAUAGCAGGAGGUUGGAGGAGCUGCUUUGGGAACUUGAGCCGCUGCUAUCUACAGCGGAGGAAACGUCUCGUUUUUUAUUUCCCUAGGUAGCUACAUAGCUAACCGCGACAAUACAAUACGUCAGGAUGGCGAUGGACAUCUACGACUCCCAGUACCUGCUGGUCCUGGCCCCUUCCCUGGUCAUCGCCCUCAUGUUCCUCUUCUUCUGGCUCUUCAUGAAGGAGACCUCCUACGACGAGGUGCUCGCCCGGCAGAAACGCGACCUCAAGCUGCCGCCCUCCAGACCCGACACACGCAAGAAGGGAGAUAAGAAAAAGAACAAGAAGAGGGACGCGAGCGGAGGAGGAGGAGGGGGAGGAGAGUCGGAGGAGGACCUGAGGGACUUCGAGGUGGGCGACACCGCCAAUGGCUCCGCCCUGGAGGAGGAGGAGGAGCCGGAGCCCGUGGCCCCGCCCACCCCGGCCCCCGCCCCUCUGGCCGCCCCCGUGGAGCCCCCCUCAGGGUUGAAGGAGAGGAAGAAGAAGGAGAAAAAGCAGCAGGCGGCCGCCGCCAAGGCAGCGGCCGGCGCCGCCAGUGCCCCCGAGGAGCCCGAGGUGAACGGGUCGAAGGCUGCGGGCCGCAGGGCGGAGACGCCCGUGGCUGUCAGCAAGCAGCACAGCCCCACCCCGCCACAGCCUGACGAACACGCCCAGACGCCCCCCCAGCCCUCUGGGAAGAAGGAGAAGAAGAAGAAGCAAAAGGCUGAGGCUGUGGAGGAGAGCCAGCCAGAGACCAAGGUGGCCCCGGCCCCCACCCCGGCCCCCACCCCAGCCCCGGCCAAGAAGGAGGCUCCAAUUGUGGCCGAGACCAAGGCCCAGGAUGGUGCCCCCCCACCCACCACCACCACGGGCAAGAAGAAGAACUCUGCCAAGAAGCAGAAGACUGAACAUGCCCCCGUUGAUGACGCCCAGACUGACUCUGCCGCCCCAACCAAUCACCAGGCAGGACAGAACGACGACGCCUCCUCCAAGGGCAGUGGCAGGAAGCAGAAGAUGGAGGCUGAUAAAGAGAACUCUGAGGUGAAGCUGAAGGAGCUGCUGGCUGGGCUGGGAGGCCUGACGGAGGCAGAGGUGGUCAGCGUGGUGGCUGUGCUGAGGGAGAAGAGCCCCAACGCCCUGGAGGCCUGGCACAAGUCCACCGUCAAGGCCGACCCGUCAGCCCAGGAGAAGGACAGACUUCUCAACACCCUGCAGGAAGAAGCCUCCAUAGCCAAGGACAAGGUCAAGCAGCUCAGCCAGGAGCUGCAGCUGGAGAAGCAGAAGAGCGUCCGGGCCGAGGCGCUGGUGAGGGAGCACCGCGGAGCCCUGGAGAAGGAGAUGAACGUCAUGCAGGCCAAGGCCCAGGGCAGCUACCAGGACAUGCAAAUGAAGUUCCAGCAGGUGAGAGAGCAGCUGGACAGUCAGAUCAGCCGUCUGCAGCAGGAAAACAAAAUCCUGAGAGACGCUGUGAGCUCAGCCACCAAUCAGAUGGAGAACAAGCAGUCUGCGGAGCUGAACAACCUGCGGUCCGAGUACUCGGGCCUGAUGAAGGAGCUGGCAGAGAGCUCCAGCAAGCUCCAACAGGAGGAACACCAGAGGAAGUCCCUGGAGGUCAACUACAAGCAGCUGGAGGCUCAGCUGCAGGAUACGAAGCGUCGCUGGGACGAGCUGCAGAACUACCUCCACGGGGUCAACUCUGACAAGCAGGCGCUGCAGGCUGCCAAGCAAGAGCUGCAGAACCAGCUGCUGGCCGUGGAGACGGAGAUGAACAACAAGAACCAGGAGAUCCAGACUCUGCACAGCAGCCUGACAGACACCAUGGUGUCCAAGGAGCAGAUGGAGCAGAAGGUGUUGCAGCUCCUGGAAACGUCCCAGCACAGAGUCCCAGACGACGCCCUGCAGGGCCAGCUCCAGGAGCUCCUCAGUGAAAACAAGGGACUCCAAGUCCAGGUUGAGGCCUUGCAGGCCCAGGUCAGCUCCCAGGCUGCUCACGUCUCCCACUUUGAGGAGCUCCAGAAGCUGCUGGCUGAGAAGGAGCAGCAGAGGAAGAGUUUGGAGGACUCCCUCAACGCUGAGAGAAGCAGUGGGGCGAGCAGAGAGACGAACAUGCAGGGGAUGCACAAUGAGAACUUGUCACUGAAAGCAGACCUCCAGAAUCUGCAGGCUCAGAUUUCUGACCAGACUGCCUCUCAUUUGGCUUUCGACCAGUUCCAGAAGAGCGUCCAGGAGCGAGAGGAGAACAUCAAGACUGUGGAGGACCUGCUGAAGGCCGGCCUGAUCGAGGUGGCCAACAAGGAGGAGGAGCUAAAGGCAGUGAGGGUGGAGAGUGAGGCUCUGAAACAAGAAUUGGAGGCUCUGAGGCUCCAAAUACCUGAACAGUCCUCGUCCGACUCCAUCGUGGACGAGUUGCAGAGCAAGAUGCAGGAGAGGGAAGAUCAGAUCCAGGUGCUUGAGGACAGCCUCCAGACAGCCCUGGACAGCAACUCCACCAGGCAGAAGGCUGUGGAGGCUCUAGAGCAGCAGGUUGCAGCUCUGCAGUCAGAGGCGGAGCAGCUGAAACAGCAGCAGGCUGAGGAGAGCAGCUCCACCUCCUCCAGAGACCUGGAACUGCAGGCCCAGCUGGCCUCCAGGGAGCAGGAGGUGCAGAGUCUGCAGGCUGAGCUGGAGGGCAGAGCCAGGGAGCUGGAGGGCAGAGCCAGGGAGCUGGAGGGCAGAGCCGGGGAGCUGGAGGGCAGAGCCGGGGAGCUGGAGGGCAGAGCCAGGGAGCUGGAGGGCAGAGCCAGGGAGAUGAGUGACAAGGAGGAGCAGCUACAACAGCAGCUACAACUACAGGUGCAGCAACAGCAGCAACAGCAGGAGUCCCAGACAAAGGCUCCCAGCUCAGAGAUGCUGAUUGCGUUGGCGGAGAGGGAGAAGCAGGUGUCUGGCCUGCAGGCUGACCUUGAGGAGAGGGAGAAGCAGGUGUCUGGCCUGCAGGCUGACCUUGAGGAGAGGGAGAAGCAGGUGUCUGGCCUGCAGGCUGACCUUGAGGAGAGGGAGAAGCAGGUGUCUGGCCUGCAGGCUGACCUUGAGGAGCUGAGAGACUCUCUGGAGCUCCACAGGAAGAAGAACAACGAGCUUCGGGAGAAAAACUGGAGUGCUAUGGAGGCUCUAUCUGCUACUGAGACCAUGCUGCAGGGGAAACUCAGCAAGACCGCCAAGGAGAGCCAGACAGGUCUGGAUUCAGCCCAGGCGGAGUGCAGAGAGGUUCUCCACAGACUGCUGCCCCACGUCCCUCUGCCCACCCAACAGGACCACCAGGAAUGGCUGCAGAGGUUUGAGAGUGCGGCGUCCGAGGUUCCUGCAGCGGAGGCCACCCCUGCUCCUGCAGCAGAGGAAUUCACGGGCCUUGCUGACAAGCUGAAGGAGUCAGAGGAGGCCCAGCAGGUUCUACAGAAAGAUUGUGAGACGUACAAGAAAGUGUUGGCAGAGACGGAGGGCAUCCUGCAGCGCCUGCAGAACAGCGUGGAGCAGGAAGAGUCUCGCUGGAAGGUCAAGCUGGAACUGGGGCAGGUGGAGCUGAAAGAGAUGAGCGUGAAAGUCACAACACUGGAACAGGAAGUGGAAAGACUGGGCGAUGUUGGAGAGCUGGAAAACGUGAGACGAGACAAGCAGCACCUGGAGGCAGAGCUGGAGCGGGCUGAGCGCGAGAGCGCCACCUACGUGAUGGAGGUCCGAGAGCUCAAAGAUCUGUUGACUGAAUUGCAGAGCAAACUUGAUGGCUCUUACACAGAGGCUGUCAGGCAGAAUGAGGAGCUGACCUUGCUGAAGACCCAGCUGACGGAGACUCUGUCCAAGCUGGAGGCGGAGGAGAGCGAGAGGCAGAAGGUGGCAGGUGACCUCUAUAAGGCCCAGCAGUCCCUGGACCUGAUCCAGGAGGAGAUUUUCAAGGAGACGGGCCAGGGGGACCUGAUCGAGAACGACAACUUCUCAUCACAGAGGGAGGAGAUAGACAGGAAGGAGAAAGUGACUGCGGGGCUGAACCAGACAGUGAGGGACCUGCAGCACCUGCUCCAGUCUGUCAACCGUCAGCUCACCAAGAGACAUGAGGGGGAGACGGACAAAGACUCUCCAGAGUUAUAGGAGGGGUGGCCCCCCCCACCGAGCCCCCCUGGACCCCCCACAUCAGCACGACCACCCCCCCCCUCUCCUGCUGCUUCAGCUGUACAGUGGGAAGCCUCCUUUUGGCCCUCUAUCCCGAUGCACCCUCCCCCCCCACCCAUCUCAUCUGCUCUGGCCUCUACCUCCACCCCCGGCCUCCACCCCUGGCCUCCACCCCUGGCCUCCCCCUCAGCCAGGGUCAGGCAGGCAGAGGCCCCAACACUCCGGCCCCCAGACCAGACCACGCUGCCUCCACAGGGGGCCCCCCUGGUGCUCCUCCCCCUCCUGAAGCACAGACGGAGCAGCUCCACGGCUCCUCCUGCCGUCAUCCCUCCCUCCCGUUUACUACACUCCUCCUGCUUUUGUCGACGGAAAAUCUUUGAAUACAGCGGUAGUUUUCAUCUGUAGUUUUCUUUGUCAAGAGGGAAAAUGAAUUUCCUGAAUCAUUAAAUGAACUUGGGGGUUUUCCAACCUUUUUUAAGUUAAAGAGUAAAUGAUGUAUUGUUUAAACGUACCUGUUAGAACCUGCUGGCCUCGGUGAGCUCCUCGCUCGCAUUCAGACUAGUCUCACACACGUGGACGCAUUCAUGACUUCAUAGAUCCAUGCAUUCAUGACUUCAUAGAUCCAUGCAUUCAUGACUUCAUAGAUCCAUGCAUUCUGUUGGCUGAGUUUCGGGUGGGUUAGGGGGGGGGUGGGUGGUCAGGGUGUGUCCCAGCAUGAAUGAGGGGUCACUAAGUAACUGUAACCAUGGAGAUACAUAGAGGACGUGUAUGCGUGUGUUGAAAUGCUGCUCCAGUAAGAGAGAAGGUCAUGUGGCCCGUGCGGUCAUGUGGCCCGUGCGGUCAUGUGACCCGUGCGGUCAUGUGACCUGUUAGGAGCAGCAGAAUGCCAGGCCUACAGUGUAGAGGUUUAUCCUACUGUAACUACUCUAGGAAUAGGCGUCCCAUAUCAUCUGUAAUCAACACUUGCUAUAUAUUGUUGCUGGUUUCAUUAACACUGAAUAUUUCAUUCUUUUUGUAACAGGUGACCGUUAAUAAAAGGGAUGCUUGAUGAAUCUGA